GAGCAUUGUUUUUACGCUACUGGGGAUCCUCUCUGUAGCUUUUGCCGAAGGCGACGUAGCAACCCGCACCAAUGCGCACAGAUGGGUUCCAUUUGGGUUCUAUCUGUUCUUCGCCGUGUUGCAAAUGCUAUGCUGCUACUACGUGUGGAGACUGAGACGUCGGAGGGUUGUUCUUGCAGGAGAAGAAGGAGAUAAGGAUGGACUGGCACCACUGGGCGGAACAUGUGCAGGUGCAACAACUUCUAUAGCAGGACAGGCAGCUAGACAGGUAGGAGGAGGAGGAGCUAGUGGACAUCAUGAUGAAGAAGCACAAAAACUACAUCAACAAGGACCAUCAGCAUCAAGAAAAGUAUCUCUCUUCACUUUUCUCUGGACAAGCUCGCUAUGGCUUUACACGAUUGGCGCUUUUCUUCUCUGUCUACUGCUGUUUAUUCGGCUGUGCGAUGCCAAACGAUUUGGCGGCGACUUCUGGGAUUGGAAAUAUGGACAUAAAACUGCCAGUACCUCCUCCGGAGUAACUAUAAUUACACCACAGAGGAUACCACGGAUAGCAAUCAAUGCCCCUGGCUACGCCUAUCCCGGUCCCGAAGAUGUUCCGGAAAUAUAUUUCUUCUUCACCGGAUGGAUGCACACACUGUGGGGAGUCUUUGUACUAUGCUACUUUCCUCAUUUUCGAGCAGGAGUGUUGAGGGCGGUUAGUAGUUGCUGUUCUUGUUGUCAAAGGGCGCCAGGUAGAGGGAAGAGCGACACAUUAUCAUCACGACUUUCGUACCGCACAAGGGGAGCAUCAGAAACGAGAUCUGGGGCUGUUGUUGAAGUAGCAGACAAGGACAACAUCGAAGGUCGUAUGAAGGACGGUCGAGAAGAACAUGAUGACGAUGAAGAAGUAGAUGCUUUGCUCGACUCAAGAAGUAAUCUUAAGGCUUCUCCUAAUCCAUCCCUGUAGACAUCCCUCAAACAUAUGCGCCCCAAUACAAGGGAGAUACUGACGCAUAUGCUUGAGGGAUUUCCACAGGGAUGAAUAGGGAAGAGCUCUAAUAAUCAGCACCAAAAAUUGGCAAGGAGAAAUACAACAGAGUAUCUUCUUGACACCAGCGAGGACGACCUCUCUAGUACCAUCCAAAUGUUCCUUCUAGCCGUCUUAGAACUUGUCGCAUCAACGAGUUUGAUCGAGCCCGUAUAUAAUUUCACGAAGCGGAUGCGGGAAAGUCCAGACUAUUUCGCUGGCGCGAGUGCAAGUCACAAUUUAGCAGAAUGUUAAGGCUUGGGAGUUGACAUCUCUAUGCGCGUCUCUAUGUCUUCUUCAAGUAGGAAGGCCACAGAUAUGCGAGCUAGAGAUGCCAACUUUCAACCCCUAAGAAUGGGGCACGGGAGUCUUAAUAGCAUUACAUGUUGGGUGUGUCAUUUCGUAUCGAGUGAAGUUGAGCUCGUCAUGCGAUUUUGGUCUGGACCUGGAGCUAAGCCGAGACCAGAUAGUUGUAGUAGACCCUUCAUCAACAUCAGUAUAUUAUAGCUCAAUAAACCUGGUAUACCAAGAACAAGAAGAGCAGCGUAGUUUGUCACCGACGGACCUGGCGGGCGAUGUUGUCUUAGAAAAAGUGACACUAGACGUUGAACAAGGUCUAGGUCAGCGUCAGCUAGUAAAAGAUGAAGGCAUACUAGGAGAAUCAAGGUGGAAAGAUCAUCAACACAGGGACUCCUGCGAUUCUGUUGAACCAGUACACCAAGUCGACGAGAACUACGACCCCCAAUUGGCAGCGAUGGUUGCGAAAGUGCUAGCCGUAGAGACAGGUUGUCCACAGCAACUACAAGUGCCACGUUACAAAAAUACAACUAGUAAUGGAAGACAAAGCCCAUGUCUACCUGUGAAGAGGUAUGAUUUUUCGCGCGGGUUGAGGUAUAGCCUGAUAGCCACGAGGUUGCUAGUGGGUUUAGGGCUGCAGGUGACGGCUGUGCUCUACAUAUGGAAAUUCGGCUCAACGUGGAUGAAAUAGGAUGUGAGCAGUAUUGUUCUUGUAAUGAUGAAAGUAAAGUCACUGAUCUUAGAAGUACGUGUGAAUGAGAUAUGGAUGAGGUCUUGGAACCAAAAGUCUAAAAAAGAGUACUUGAAAGUAAGUAGCUAUAUCUUUGACAUGUCGAUGACGAUGAAGUAAAGUUCUUCUUCGUUUCUUUCGGUAUUGAAUGCGCAUUGGUAUUCAUGCUCACGAUCACAAAAUCCUACCGCGAAGCAUACCCCAUCUUCGCGACAUCAAUCACGCCUUGUUUUCUUCCUCAUCAUGGUUGUUCAUGUGUGCUGAUCGGAGAUCUCUAAAAUCAAACAAAAGAA